UUGAGUCCACCCUUUUUUCUACAUGAAACCAUCCUCUAUCCAGUCCGCCGGCCGGGUCCUCUCUCUCGUCUCUCACAUUAUAUCUUCUCUUUUAUAUAAUAUCUUUAUAUCCAGCCUGGUUCUCCUCCUCAUCUCCUCCCUGCUGACCUCAGAGCAGCUGCUGGACCGGACGGAUCUCUGCUGCUCCAGCUCCUCCAGCUGUGUGAAGCUCACCAGUCCCGCAGACAGCAGCGUCGGCCAUGUUGUUGUGUGGUGGGGGUUGAUGUAAGUUUAGUAGUAGGAAGUAGAGGCUACAAAAGACCUGGGACACUUUCAGGAUCAGGAUCUGCACUUUUGUUUUGUUUUUACUGCUGCAAACUGGAUUAAUCCUGUCUGAGGACAAUGACUGUCUCCUCCAUCCUCUCACACAUCUGUGUAAUUUAACUUAACAACAUUAUAAUCUGACCUACAGUCUCUCUCUCUCUGCUGGAUGGAUGAAGUGAGGAUGAAGGCUGUUCGGUCCUGGUUGGAAUAACUCGGAUUUUUUUUCCCCCCACCAGGAUUCAGGAUAAUAAAAGGAAAAAACACAAGAAGAAAAAGGAUUUGUGAAGGCAGGGCGAGACGAUGGGCUGCAUUAAGAGCAAAGAGGACAAAGGCCCUGCGAUGAAGUAUCGGCCAGAGAACUCCGCGGCGUCAGACCCCAACUCCACCAUAACCACACCUCACGUCGGUCACUACGGACCGGAUCCCACCCAGCUGCAGCAGAAUCAACCUCCCUCCUCCUCAUCGGGCUCUGGGGCUGCAAACUUCAACCACACCCUCACGCCGUUUGGCGGCGCUUCUGCCAUGACUCCCUUUGGAGGAGCGUCGUCCUCCUUCUCCGGUCCUGCGUCCAACUCGUUCUCUGGUGCUGUCUCAAGUGGUGUUACGUUCUUUGUGGCCUUGUACGACUAUGAAGCUAGAACAUCUGACGAUCUCUCAUUUAAAAAAGGAGACCGCUUCCAGAUCAUCAACAAUACAGAGGGGGACUGGUGGGAGGCUCGCUCCAUCAACACGGGGAGGAACGGCUACAUCCCCAGCAAUUAUGUGGCCCCUGCUGACUCCAUCCAGGCUGAAGAGUGGUACUUUGGUAAGAUGGGACGCAAAGACGCUGAGAGGUUGCUGCUGAAUCCAGGAAACCAUCGAGGAACUUUCCUAGUGCGAGAAAGUGAAACUACUAAAGGUGCUUAUUCUCUCUCCAUACGAGACUGGGAUGAAGCCAAAGGAGACAAUGUGAAACACUACAAGAUCCGCAAGCUUGACAGCGGGGGAUACUACAUCACUACUCGAGCGCAGUUUGACACGUUACAGAAGCUCGUCAAACACUACACAGAGCACGCCGACGGGCUUUGCCACAGGCUGACCACAGUUUGCCCCACAGUCAAGCCACAGACACAGGGGCUCGCUAAGGAUGCCUGGGAGAUCCCCCGGGAGUCCUUGAGACUGGAGCUUAAGCUGGGCCAGGGCUGCUUUGGAGAGGUCUGGAUGGGCACGUGGAACGGCACCACUAAGGUGGCCAUAAAGACGCUGAAGCCGGGCACCAUGUCGCCUGAGGCCUUCCUGCAAGAGGCUCAGAUCAUGAAGAAGCUCAGGCACGACAAGCUGGUGCCUCUUUAUGCUGUGGUGUCUGAAGAGCCCAUUUAUAUCGUCACGGAGUACAUGGCAAAAGGAAGCUUACUCGACUUCCUCAAAGAGGGCGACGGCAAAUUCCUGAAGCUCCCCUUGUUGGUGGACAUGGCUGCACAGAUCGCUGACGGCAUGGCUUUCAUCGAGAGGAUGAACUACAUCCACAGGGACCUGCGCGCCGCCAACAUCCUCGUCGCCGACAACCUGGUGUGCAAGAUCGCCGACUUCGGUCUGGCCAGGUUGAUAGAGGACAACGAGUACACUGCGAGGCAAGGAGCCAAAUUCCCCAUUAAGUGGACGGCCCCAGAGGCUGCCCUGUACGGCCGCUUCACCAUCAAAUCUGACGUCUGGUCCUUCGGGAUCUUACUCACCGAGCUCGUCACCAAAGGCAGAGUGCCCUACCCAGGCAUGGUGAACCGUGAGGUGCUGGAGCAGGUGGAGCGAGGCUAUCGCAUGCCGUGCCCCCAGGGGUGCCCCGAGUCCCUGCACGAGAUGAUGAAGCUCUGCUGGAAGAAAGACCCGGACGAGAGGCCCACGUUCGAGUACCUCCAGUCCUUCCUGGAGGACUACUUCACCGCCACAGAGCCACAGUACCAACCUGGAGAGAACCUAUAGCCUGCUGCGUAUCCCUACGCCUGGGAAGACAUGAGCUCUUAGUUAUUGGACUCUAUGAAAAGUCGACUGGAAACCAGGCUAACCAGUCGCAUAAACCACUACUUGCUCUACACAUUCUUGAUUUUUUAUUUGUUUUUGCUUUCAGCGUCCGCCACCAUUUCAUAUAACUUUAUAUUUUUUUGUUUUCAUUCACGGUACGAGACAAGUCUGUGUGAAAUGUUUGAUUUUUAAUGUGGAUUUUAUUACCAUGUACAAUAAUGACUGUGGUAGAAAGAGACAAAAUCACUUCAGUUGUGUUAAAUACACUACAUGUUUCUCAUGAACACAGUAUAUUGCUGUAAAAAAAAUAAGCUGUGAUGAUAAUGCCUCGCAAUAGAAAAGUCCAACUGCUGGGCUUUAAUGUGGUUUAAUGUGGAGAUCUCGCGCUCCAUUUGCCUCCAAAUUGUAUUCUUUUGUGGUAAAUUGGUAAAUUAUGCAUUGAAACAAUGAAUUAUUAACAGAGAUAAUAUAUUAAACUAACAGGGAGAAGCUCUCAGGGGACUGGUGGUCAUUAUCACAGUCCAUUUGGCAGUAAUUAUUUAAAAGUAAAUCCCACACAGCAGUUACAUUUCAUCAGCUACAGUGCAAUUCUUUUAUUUGUUAUAAAUGGGUGACUAGACUGAGACUGUGACAUGGUCUUUUAUGCCUUUCUAAUAUUUUAAAAUGCAUUUUGAUUUAUUUGUUUUUAUAUUCUAUGCUCCUUUGUUAUCACAUUGUAUUCAUAUCACAUGGACGUGGUUUUAUAGCUUCAUUUGAAGACUUUCCCGACUGUCCAUCAUCAUCCAGAAAUCUCUGCUAAGACUUUGUUUUUAUAACAAUGCCAUAAUUCAUUCUGUCCCUCAAUGCCCGGGCCGUAUAAUCUCACAGCGAUCACUACAGAGACAUGCUUACAUAAUAAAGCUCUGUAUAAUCAGUGAGUUAAACAGUGAUGAAACUCGUGAACUUGCGGCUUCUUCUUGCUGAGCCAGAAUGACACUCCACGGACACAUGAUGAUGAUUUUACCGGCUAUAAAAGUGGAAAACAAACAACAGAAUUGGAAACAACCAUUUAUCUUCUACAAUGUGACUGACUGAAGCACUUGGGACUCUUUCAUGUUCAUGCCGAAGCUAUUUGUAUAGCAAUGAUGACAGUUUUUUUACAGUUUUGCUCCUGCGUGGACUCAGUGGGGGACAGUAUUAUGAUGGGUUCGUGGGAAUAACACUAAUUGAUGACUGAGCUUGUAAAGAAGGGCUUUGUAUAUUAUAAAAUCCUCAUUUUAUAAGAUUAUUCAUAAAAAAUGGACAAGAUUGCAACAUAUAUUUGGGUGGGAGGUAGUGGGUGGAGACUCAUCUGCGGAAUUUGUACAAUAAAAACGUGAUUUUACAAAGU